UUCAGUUACGCCUUUAUGAAAUGGCAACUAUUCAGAAAAUAGUUUCACUUUCAGGAUGUUUACUAGUGUGUGUCUUAUUACCAGUCACUUUUGUCCAUUGCUACCAGUUGACGAUUGUCCACAAUAAUGAUGUUCACGCACACUUUGACGAGACGAACUCGCGGGCGGGCGAGUGCUCCCCGGAACAGGUACACGCAAACCAGUGCUACGGAGGCGAGGCGAGAAGAAACUGGUUUAUAAAAGAUGCUCGUGCCCGGUACGCAAACACACUGGUUCUGGACGCCGGUGACCGGUUUACGGGCACCCUAUUUUUUUACCAGUAUAAGGGAGCUGCCGCCUCGACCUUUGUUAACAUGGAGAAUUAUGACGCUAUCUGUCUCGGGAACCAUGAAUUUGAUCUGGGUGUUUCCGGUUUAGUUCCAUACCUAAUGAACUUGGCGGUUCCCGUUCUCGACUCAAACAUCGAUGUGAGCCGAGAGCCAAGACUCCAAGGCUUGUUUAAUGCUACCAAGGUGAUAGAAUUGGGCGGGGUGAAAAUAGGAAUCAUCGGUUACAUCACAACCGACACGGCGUUUAUUUCGAAUGCCGGAGACACCGUGAAUUUCAAAGACGAGGUAAGCACUGUUCGUGCGCAUGCGCGAGAGUUGAAGCAUUCCGGUGUGGAAGUGAUUAUCGGACUGAGUCAUGCGGGGUACGGGGUGGACAAACGUGUAGCGGCGGAAGUGCCGGAUAUUGAUGUCAUCGUUGGCGGUCACUCCCACACAUUUCUGUAUAAUAACUCGGAAGGUGGGCCGGAACUGAAGGAUGAGAUAGAGGGUCCCUACCCCACCGUGGUCACUCAGCCAGACGGCCGAAAAGUCCUUGUGCUACAGGCUUACGCAUGGGGAAAAUAUAUGGGCCUCAUCAACGUCACGUUUGACGACCACAAUGAAGUUAAGAGUUGGUCCGGUAAUCCCGUUCUUUUAGACCCCAACACACCGAAAGACUCGGACACGGAGCGUAAACUAACGGAGAUGAAGCGCCCCCUAGAGGCUAUAAAGUCUCGCAUCGUCGGCCGCACCCUAGUACAAAUGGAGGGCGACCCUAUACAGUGCCGACUCCGGGAAUGUAACUCAGGGAAUCUGAUCACUGACGCUAUGGUGGAAUAUCACGUUGACAAAGGAGAACACAAUGAGACAUGGGCACUCGCCUCCAUAGCACUCUUUUCUGGGGGCGGCGUCCGGGCAUCGACAGAGCAAGGGAACAUCUCGAUGGGUCAGGUGUUGACGAUACUUCCGUUUGGGAAUCAGGUGGACCUCAUCAGACUGCGCGGUCUUCACCUCAGACAGGCGUUUGAACACUCCGUGGCAAAGUACGACCCGCAAGACAGACCAGGGGCAUUCUUCCAAAUGUCAGGUGCCCAUGUAGUGUACGAUCUGAGCAAAGAUCCGGGACAGAGAGUUGUCACUCUUGACGUCCUGUGUCUCAACUGCACUAUUCCUGAGUACUCUGCGCUGGAUAAUGAUCUCAUUUACAACGUGCUCAUGGUAGACUUUACCAUCAAUGGGGGAGAUGGCUACUCAAUGAUCAGUGAUAAUCUCAUUGAACACAUCCAAAUAAACUCGCUUGACAUCGACGUAAUGACAACCUAUCUGUCACGGCACAACCCUGUGUUUCCUGACACGGAGGGUCGUAUACAAUUUGCCGACCACUCUUUAGUCGGAGCCUCAUCUAUGAUGGAUUCCAAUCUGUGUAGACUUUCUGUUCUCGUGGCUUCAAUGGUUUCACUUAUUGUUAUUCAUUUUAAUAGCCACCAACUAUGAAUAUUCAUGUUAAUACGUUGACAAGUGUAUGCCGUGUUAUCGAUUAAAUAAUAAAAUUGUUUUCCUCA